AUGUCAGCACUAACUGAGAAUCAACGCAAAAAAGCUCGCCAGACCGUCCAAGCGCGCGGUAUAUCUGGGCCUCCAGCUACCAAUGUUAAAGCCUCAACGACAUUGAUUGCAGAUGGUGGAGAUAGUAGUUAUACACGACAUGUCAACUAUCCUACGCCACAGCCUCCUGGUAUUCCUGGCACCCCUCACAAUGAUAGAGGUCAAUCAUCAACACCCGGUCCCUCUACCAUUCAUGGCCAUCCUAAUUUGGCACCUCAAAACCCUUCCAGACCUCCCUCGGCUCAUUCUAGAGCUUCCUCUGGUGACGCUCCCCCAAAUGACACGGCAAGCACCUCCCAACGUGGCUCUAGUGACUCUAGCCGUAGUCGUUCCUCUGCCGUGUCCUCUCGAGAUCCUUUUGAAUACGAUAGCCCCGAGUACAAAGAGCGCCUCGAAAAGAAAUGA